AUGGCAACCUCCCACAUUCUCUUCAUCUGCCUUCUCCUCAUCCUUGCAGUUGUAUCGCAGGAGCCGCCCACUUCUGAACAAGGUACCUUUGAUUAAUGAUGAACCAGACCAAACCAGAGGGGCUUUCCUUUCACUGGACAAUCAAUACAGACCAAUCAGAUUCCUAGAAGUCAAGUACUUCCUAUGCAUGUAGAAUUCGUAGUUAGGACAGUCUUGUAUGUACACUAUGUAGUAUUAUAUACAUAGGGGGAGGGGAUAACCGGGAUGAAAGUAACACUUUUAGUUUUUUCCCUAAUUACGCAGAGAUCGAUAGAGCUAGAGACACCAUAUUUUAUGACAAACAACUUAAUAUAUGUGUCCUCUACCAUUAGCAACUGUAAUUUCAUCUCUAGGGUAAAUGAGCUGAAAUUAAAUAGACCAAGACCAGAACUACUGCAAUGUUACUUUUGUACCUGCCGGCAGGGCGAGAGUAACACAGCCUUGGGAUGGAAGUAACAGCUUGUGAGAAGUGCACACUAUCUGUCUUAUCUCCAUGUUUCUGGUUUGUAAUGCUCAUUACUUUCAACAAAUGUGCUAUCAGCCAUAAUUUCAUGUGUCGAUUUAAAUAUAGCUUAUGUGAGAAGCUGAUCCAUCAAGUCAAUUUUUAAGGCAUAUUUAUGAAAACUCUAUAAUAUGUUUUAUGAUAAUGCAAUGGCACUGUGUUUAGUGUAUUUUACAGACUAAUACAAUCUGUUAGAACAUGUUCUCAAAAUAAGCAUGCACGCAUGGGCACAUAGUGUUGCACGGGGCACGCUGCACAUCGAGUACUUUCCAGGAACUGGAUUCCCAGGAAUUCUGGAGGGGGCAGUGUGGGAGCAGUGAGUGGUGCACUGUGGGGAACUGUUUAGAUAUUCAGAGGCCCCCUCUCAACAGACAGUGUUGAAUGAACAAAGUUUGAGUGCAGGAAGUUUUAUUCCUAGGUGGGUCAGGCCUUUAUGAUGAAGUCACACUUUCAUCAUAAGUCACACUUUCGUAAGUGUUUUUUCAUAUAUACACGUUAUAUAUUAGAACUCUUUAGCGCUGACUGAUUGAAUAGAGGCUUUCCCUCUACCGGGAGUCUGUUUUGUCUCAGAUUUGUAUAGGCUUUGACAGUGUUGCUUUGACAAAGUUCCUCUGUUUCCAGUAAGUGUUACUUCACUCUGUCAGAAUGGGUGAAAGAAUUUGAGAUCCCAGAGAAAAAUAUACUUGACCAUUUUUUUUCUGAGAAUCAGCAGUACUCCUGCCAAAGAGAUUAUUGUCUGAGGGAAAUUGAUGGGCAGAGAACAAACAGUGCAAGAGGUGGGGACACAGACAGAAAUAAACCUCCCAGUGCUUUAAAGCUGUUCAAUUGAAGGGGAAUAUAUUGGUUGCAGCUACUGCUUUAAAGUGUCCACAUUUAAGUGUCCACAUAAGUACAAUAUGUAACAGCUGUCCUUCACUUUACUCAAGCUUUCCUCUACCAUAAGUGGAGAAAAUGGCACAUUGCACAUGUAAUUCGCUUUGAUUUCUGGAACAGAACAGAACAGGUAAAUGCUCGCUGUACAUUUAUUUUAGAUGCAUAUUUAUUUUUGGACACUAUCUCAUGAAUUACUCUCUCACGUUAGAACUGAAAAGUCAAAACAUUCAUCAUGACUUUAAUCAAAGGGAAAGAGAGGGUUGUGUUUGUACAGCUGCUCGGUAAUAAUAGGGACGGAGGGAAGAAAUGCGGAGGGUGACGAAGUGCGCUCUCCUGACAGCCAAGGCAGCUGAUUGAUGAAGCUUGAACACGUGACUCUCUAAAUAACCACUGGCCUCCAUGCUCUUCGGGAGGCCAUUUAUUAAAUACUCCACGUUGCGCAAACAUCACUCCAAAUGAGGAGAAACAACAUCAAGAGGUUGUUAAGGCAAUAGCACCAUCUCUUUCAUUUGUAUAAUUGUGUAUGUGUAUAUGGGAUAUGUCAGUGACGUACAUAGGAGAGAGAUAAUAGUGAAUUUGCCUCUAUAAAGCAUCCAGUUCUAGCACUCCUUGCAUGUGUAUUUAGAAGCCCCUUGAUUAAAAUAGCCAUUUCCUCCCUCCGUCCCUCCAAUUAUGCAGCAGCCAAUCAAACACAACGCUCUCUUUCCUUUGAUUAGUCAUGAUGAAUGUUUUGACUUUUCAGUCCUAAUGUGAGAGAUGAGUAAUUUACGAGAUAAAGGAGGACGUUUUGUAUCAUUAUACAAAACUCUGCACUUCAGGGAUGUCAGGGUAAACAGGUUGUAAUGGAAAAGAGUUCACCUCCAGCGACUGGAAAUACUAGAAUAACUGGAACUGAAAGUUAUAUUUUAGUUAGAGCUUCAACGUCCUGUUGGAGCCAGUGAUAUCUGCUGCGCAUGUUUGCUUUUGUGAAAACUAGUGACCUGAACUUGGUCGACACUAAGCAAACAGCACUCACUCACGUACACAUUCAAGAACAUUCACAAGUACUCACAUAUAUAUUUACACGUGCACAUUUACAUUCAGAAAAUAUUGGGUAAGUCAAAAUGGGGACUGGAUAUAGUAGUAGAUGUAGAGUCUCAAUUUCUGCACAUCACACACACACCACUUAUCCUGAAUCCUAAUCAGUCACAGGAAAUGUACCUAGUAUGAAACCCUUGAGCGUAGCCAAGUGUUGGAUUGAUUUUUUCUCUUAAUUCAGAGUAAGUUCCUGGUAGGAAAGGAUCUGGUAAACAGGUUAUUUUUAACCUUUGCGCCCCUCCCCCACCUUGUUGAGCUGCUAACCAAGCAAGUGGUAUGCAUCACUCCUCAGAAGAGCCAUACACCUUUUGAAGCUGCCUUCUCCCUAGGCGACAGGGCCCUUCAAUCUGCUGUUGUGGUGUCCCUCUCAUCAGUGUUGAUGUGGUAGACUGACAGCUCUUCUCAGUGUCAUUAUGGGAUAUGGUACUUAAGUGCCUCCUCAGGGCUGUGAACAGACCGGAGUGUUUACCUAAAGCUCCCCUCUCUCCGAGGACAACAUUAGUAUAAUAAUUGCACAGAGACCAGGACAGCACUUACCUGUCAUAAACAAGAUAGAAUGAUCAUUUACCAUUCCUACAGCUUAUUUCUCGGUUCCUUUAUUAUCUCUAGGAGCAGAAGGUAACAAGAUAGACAAUAUUACAGCGUUUCAUGUGUAGUAGUAAUUGACUUCUAAGAAAAUCGUUCCAACUGAGCAAUUUAAUUGUCAGCUGUCAUUUCCUUCAGAAACAGAAGAUCUCUGAACAGUAAUGUCCAUUACUGUGAGUGGAGGUUUCACACCUUGUACUAUGUAAGUGUAGUUCUGAGGACCGGUAACGGAGAGGAUUUCCCUGAAAGUCCUGUGGGCAGUAAAGUCUGGCUGACAGAUUUAGAGGUCUGCGGAUACUUCCAGAAAAUGCAGCUGUCCGCCCUGCGGCUAUGCCACUCGGAGGAGUUAUGUUAAGCUCUGUUUGUCUUACACAUGAAGAGCAACUCAGCCCUGUAAAUUAUCUCUAUAUACAGCAACGGGCAUAGGUCAAUUAGACUGGGUGUGUAUAAUUUUAGGAUAAUUAAAAAUAGGCGCAAAGUUAAUGUUUAAGUUAGAGGUUUGACUGCUGCAAGCCUUAUAGACUGUCUGUGCUCACCUCGCUCUCUUUCUCACGCUCUCCCUCUCAGCCCUGCCCCAGAUCCGCCCCCAGAUCACUGGCUGUGUCUCCCAUGACAUGAACACGUUCCGCUGCAGAUGGAAUGUCGGAACAUUCCAGAACCUCACAGAACCCAGAGACCUGCGGAUGUUCUACUACAUCAAUAACAAGAAGUGAGAGAAAAAAGGUUCCCUAAGUAAGGGAGAGAAACAUUCUGAUGGCUGAAAUGAAAUAAAGAAGAUAUUUGUCCACUGAUGAGAGCCAAAUAAAUGUUUCUUGUGAAAUCAUUUGUAGUUAUAAACUGUAUGUGAGUCUCCCCCUCUUACCUACAUGUCAGGUGCAUGAUGUCAGUCUUUCCUGCAAUUAGCACAGUAUUAAAACCCCCAUGUUGUCUCCCCAUGCCUGCAGCAUAUCUCCCAAAGAGUGGAGUGAGUGUCCUAACUACAUGGCUGACAGGAUAGACGAGUGCUUCUUCAAUGAAAGCUACACGAAGGUCUGGAUGACCUACAGUGUCCAACUCCGCUCUGGAGAUCAGGACAAUCUCUAUGACGAGGUCAUCUUCACCGUGGAAGACAUCGGUGAGCCUGGCCUCUGACCUCCUAAACCACAGUCACUCCUCCAUUCAUAGUUACCUAUACAGUGCCUUCGGAAACUAUUCACACCCCUUGACCUUUUCCACAUUUUGUUGCGUUACAGCCUGAAUUUAAAAUGGAUUAAAUUUAGAUUUUUUUUCCACUGGCUUACACGCAAUAAUACCCCAUAAUGUCAAAGUGGAAUUGUGUUUUUCAACAUUUCAAAACAUUGAUGAAAAUUGAAAGCUGAAAUGUCUUGAGUCAAUAAGUAUUUAGACACCUUUUAUUAUGGCAAGCCUAAAUAAGUUCAGGAGUAAACAUGUGCUUAACAAGUCACAUAAGUUAAAUGGACUCACGCUGUGUUCAAUAAUAGUGGUUAACAUGAUUUUUGAAUGACUACCUCAUCUCUGUACCCCACACAUACAUUUAUCUGUAAGGUCCCUCAGCCGAGCAGUGAAUUUCAAGCACAGAUUCAAGCACAAAAACCAGGGAGGUUUUCCAAUACCUCGCAAAUACUGGCACCUAUUGGUAGGUGGGUCAAAAUAAAAAUAAAAAGCAGCCAUUGAGUAUCCCUUUGAGCAUGAUGAAGUUAUGAAUUACACUUUGGAUGGUGUAUCAAUACACCCAGUCACUACAAAGAUACAGGCGUCCUUCCUAACUCAGUUGCCGGAGAGGAAGGAAACCGCUCAAUGAUUCUACCAUGAGGCCAAUGGUGACUUUAAAACAGUUAGAGUUUAAUGGCUGUGAUAGGAGAAAACUGAGGAUGGAUCAACAACAUUGUAGUUACUCCACAAUGCUAACAUAAUUGACAGAGUGAAAAGAAGGAAGCCUGUACAUAAAAAUAUUUCAAAACAUUCAUCCUGUUUGCAACAAGGCACAAAGUAAUACUGCUAAAAUGUGGCAAUGCAAUUAACUUUUUGUCCUGAAUACAAAGUGUUAUGUUUGGGGCAAAUCCAAUACAACACAUUACUGAGUACCACUCUCCAUAUUUUAAAGUAUAGUGGGGCUGCAUCAUGUUAUGGGUAAGCUUGUAAUAGUUAAGGACUGGGGAAUUUUUCAGGAUAAAAAAUUAAUGGAAUGGAGCUAAGCACAGGCAGAAUCCUAGAUGAAAACCUGGUUCAGUCUGCUCUCCACCAGACACUGGGAGAUUAAUUCACCAUUUAGGAGGACAAUAACCUAAAACACAAGGACCAAAUCUACACUGGAGUUGCUUACCAAGAAGACAGUGAAUGUUCCUGAGUGGCAGAGUUACAGUUUUGAGUUAAAUCUACUUGAAAAUCUAUGGCAAGACCUACAAAUGGUUGUCUAGCAAUGAUCAACAACCAAUUUGGCAGAGCUUGAAGAAUUUUGAAAAUAAUAAUGGGCUAAUGUUGCACAAUCCAGGUGUGGAAUGUUCUUAGAGACCUACCCAGAAAGGCUCACAUCUGUUAUUGCUGCCAAAGGUGCUCCUACAAAUUAUUGAUUUAGGGGUGUGAAUACUUACAGUUGAAGUCGGAAGUUUACAUACACUUGGAGUCAUUAAAACUCAUUUUUCAACCACUCCACACAUUUAUUGUUAACAAACUAUAGUUUUGGCAAGUCAGUUAGGACAUCUACUUUGUGCAUGACACAAGUAAUUUUUCCAACAAUUGUUCACAGACCGAUUAUUUCACUUAUAAUUCACUGUAUCACAAUUCCAAUGGGUCAGAAGUUUACAAACACUAAGUUGACUGUGCCUUUUAAACAACUUGGAAAAUUCCAGAAAAUGAUGUCAUGGCUUUAGAAGCUUCUGAUAGGCUAAUUGACAUCAUUUGAGUCAAUUGGAGGUGUACCUGUGGAUGUAUUUCAAGGCCUACCUUCAAACUCAGUGCCUCUUUGCUUGACAUCAUGGGAAAAUCAAAAGAAAUCAGCCAAGACCUAAAAAAAAAAAAAUGGUAGACCUCCACAAGUCUGGUUCAUCAUUGGGAGCAAUUUCCAAACGCCUGAAGGUACCACGUUCAUCUGUACAAACAAUAGUACGUAAGUAUAAACACCAUGGGACCACGCAGCCGUCAUACCGCUCAGGAAGGAGACGAGUUCUGUCUCCUAGAGAUGAACGCGCUUUGGUGCGUAAAGUGCAAAUCAAUACCAGAACAAAAGCAAAGAACCUUGUGAAGAUGCUGGUGGAAACAGGUACAAAAGUAUUUAUAUCCACAGUAAAACGAGUCCUAUAUCGACAUAACCUGAAAGGCCGAUCAGCAAGGAAGAAGCCACUAAUCCAAAACCACCAUAAAGAAUCCAGACUACGGUUUGCAACUGCACAUGGUGACAAAGAUCGUACUCUUUGGAGAAAUGUCCUCUGGUCUGAUGAAACAAAAAUAGAACUGUUUGGCCAUAAUGACAAUUGUUACGUUUGGAGGAAAAUUGGGGAGCUUGCAAGCCAAAGAACACCAUUCCAACCGCAAAGCACGGGGGUGGCAGCAUCAUGCUGUGGGGGUGCUUUGCUGCAGGAGGGACUGGUGCACUUCACAAAAUAGAUGGCAUCAUGAGGAAGGAAAAUUAUGUGGAUAUAUUGAAGCAACACCUCAAGACAUCAGUCAGGAAGUUAAAGCUUGGUCGCAAAUGGGUCUUCCAAAUGGACAAUGACCCCAAGCAUACUUCCAAAGUUGUGGCAAAAUGGCUUAAGGACAACAAAGUCAAGGUACUGGAGUGGCCAUCACAAAGCCCUGACCUCAAUCCUAUAGAAAAUGUGUGGGCAGAACUGAAAAAGCGUGUGCAAGCAAGGAGGCCUACAAACCUGACUCAUUACACCAGCUCUGUCAGGAGGAAUGGGCCAAAAUUCACCCAACUUAUUGUGGGAAGCUUGUGGAAGGCUACCCAAAAUGUUUGACCCAAGUUAAACAAUUUCAAAGGCAAUGCUACCAAAUACUAAUUGAGUGUAUGUAAACUUCUGACCCACUGGGAAUGUGAUGAAAGAAAUAAAAGCUGAAAUAAAUCAUUCUCUCUAUUAUUAUUCUGACAUUUCACAUUCUUAAAAUACAUUUACAUUUACAUUUAAGUCAUUUAGCAGACGCUCUUAUCCAGAGCGACUUACAAAUUGGUGCAUUCACCCUAUAGCCAGUGGGUUAACCACUUUACACAUUUUUUUUUUUUUGGGGGGGGGGGGGGCUAGAAGGAUUACUUCAUCCUAUCCCAGGUAUUCCUUAAAGAGGUGGGGUUUCAAAUGUCUCCGGAAGGUGGUGAGUGACUCCGCUGUCCUGGCGUCGUGAGGAAGCUUUUUCCACCAUUGGGGUGCCAGAGCAGCGAACAGUUUUGACUGGGCUGAGCGGGAACUAUGCUUCCGCAGAGGAAGGGGAGCCAGCAGGCCAGAGGUGGAUGAACGCAAUGCCCUCGUUUGGGUGUAGGGACUGAUCAGAGCCUGAAGGUACGGAGGUGCCGUUCCCCUCACUGCUCCAUAGGCAAGCACCAUGGUCUUGUAACGGAUGCGAGCUUCAACUGGAAGCCAGUGGAGUGUGCGGAGGAGGGGGGGUGACGUGAGAGAACUUGGGAAGGUUGAACACCAGACGGGCUGCGGCAUUCUGGAUGAGUUGUAGGGGUUUAAUGGCACAGGCAGGGAGCCCAGCCAACAGCGAGUUGCAGUAAUCCAGUAAUCCAGACGGGAGAUGACAAGUGCCUGGAUUAGGACCUGUGCCGCUUCCUGUGUAAGGCAGGGUCGUACUCUCCGAAUGUUGUAGAGCAUGAACGUGCAGGAUCGGGUCACCGCCUUGAUGUUAGCGGAGAACGACAGGGUGUUGUCCAGGGUCACGCCAAGGCUCUUCGCACUCUGGGAGGAGGACACAACGGAGUUGUCAACCGUGAUGGCGAGAUCAUGGAACGGGCAGUCCUUCCCCGGGAGGAAGAGCAGCUCCGUCUUGCCAGGGUUCAGCUUGAGGUGGUGAUCCGUCAUCCAUACUGAUAUGUCGGCCAGACAUGCAGAGAUGCGAUUCGCCACCUGGUUAUCAGAAGGGGGAAAGGAGAAGAUUAGUUGUGUAUCGUCAGCGUAGCAAUGAUAGGAGAGGCCAUGUGAGGAUAUGACAGAGCCAAGUGACUUGGUGUAUAGGGAGAAAAGGAGAGGGCCUAGAACUGAGCCCUGGGGGACACCAGUGGUGAGAGCACGUGGUGCGGAGACAGCUUCUCGCCACGCCACUUGGUAGGAGCGACCGGUCAGGUAGGACGCAAUCCAGGAGUGAGCCGCGCCGGAGAUGCCCAGCUCGGAGAGGGUGGAGAGGAGGAUCUGAUGGUUCACAGUAUCAAAGGCAGCAGACAGGUCUAGAAGGACAAGAGCAGAGGAGAGAGAGUUAGCUUUAGCAGUGCGGAGAGCCUCCGUGACACAGAGAAGAGCAGUCUCAGUUGAAUGACCAGUCCUGAAACCUGACUGGUUUGGAUCAAGAAGGUCAUUCUGAGAGAGAUAGCAAGAGAGUUGGCUAAAGACGGCACGCUCAAUAGUUUUGGAAAGAAAAGAAAGAAGGGAUACUGGACUGUAGUUGUUGACAUCAGUGGGAUCGAGUGUUGGUUUUUUGAGAAGGGGUGCAACUCUCGCUCUCUUGAAGACGGAAGGGACAUGGCCAGCGGUCAAGGAUGAGUUGAUCAGCGAGGUGAGGUAGGGGAGAAGGUCACCGGAGAUGGUCUGGAGAAGAGAGGAGGGGAUGGGGUCAAGCGGGCAGGUUGUUGGGCGGCCUGCAGUCACUAGUCGCAAGAUUUUAUCUGGAGAGAGAGGGGAGAAAGAAGUCAAAGCAUAGGGUAGGGCAGUGUGAGCAGGACCAGCAGUGUCAUUAGACUUAACAAACGAGGAUCGGAUGUCGUCAACCUUCUUUUCAAAGUGGUUGACGAAGUCAUCCACAGAGAGGGAGGAGGGGGGGGGGGGGGAUUCAGCAGUGAGGAGAAUGUGGCAAAGAGCUUCCUAGGGUUAGAGGCAGAUGCUUGGAAUUUAGAGUGGUAGAAAGUGGCCUUAGCAGCAGAAACAGAUGAAGAAAAUGUAGAGAGGAGGGAGUGAAAAGAUGCCAGGUCGGCAGGGAGUUUAGUUUUCUUCCAUUUCCGCUCCGCUGCCCGGAGCUCUGUUCUGUGAGCUCGCAAUGAGUCAUCAAGCCACGGAUUAGAGAGAGACAAAAUAAAGUGGUGAUCCUAACUGACCUAUAACAGGGAAUUUUUACUAGGAUUAAAUGUCAGGAAUUGUGAAAAACUGAGUUUAAAUGUAUUUGUCUAAGGUGUAUGUAAACUUCCGACUUCAACUGUACGUAAAUUAGAUAUUUCUGUAUUUUAUUUUCAAUACAUUUGCAAAAAAAAUCUAAAAACAUGUUUUCACUUCGUCAUUAUGGGGUAUUGUGUGUAGAUGGGUGAGAUAAAAUAUAUAUUUAAUCCAUUUUGAAUUCAGACAGAAACACAACAAAAUGUGGAAUAAGUCCAGGGGUAUGAAUACUUUGAAGUCACUGUAGCUUCCCUACUGUCAGCUGACUGUCCCCUGUCUGCCUCCACACAUCUCCCAUAUUACAUUUACAUUUUAGUCAUUUAGCAGACGCUCUUAUCCAGAGCGACUUACAGUUAGUGAGUGCAUACAUUUUCAUAUUAUAAACCUUUAUCACUUUAUAUAUAUAUAUAUAUAUAAUUCAAUUCAGUAUUUCAAUCUCCAGUGAUCACCAACCGGUCCAUCGUGAUCGACUGGUUGAUCUCCAAGGCAUUCCUAGUUGAUCACCAAACAUUUCUGUAAAAAACCAACGGUAAAGCCUUGCAUUCCAAUUUUUUUAAUUCAUUUUGGGCUGUUGGCUGUAGGUGCACUUGAUUCAGCAGCCCUAGCGCCGGGAAGGCAAAGUCUUCCCUUGUUUAACCACUUCAUAUGUCUGAAGGUAGAACUCCGCCUACCCGGCAGGCCCAGAGAGCAAAUCAUAUGUACCUUCUGAGAUUUCAAAACGUUUAAAACUAUGAUUAGAGAGAGACAACGAAUACAGCAAAGAGCUGCUGUUUUCACGAGUAAGUUAAUGUUUAAGUUGUUAUUCAGCACUGUCAACAACACUAUGUAAAAAACAAAUUACAAGCCAAAAAUGCUUUUUUUUACUUCCACUGACGAUACAACCAGCACUGCAGCUGCAAUGAAUGAGUAUAGCAAGGUGUUCCGAUAAGCUUGCGUUGUUAUUAUUAGCGGCUUCUCUUUUUUAAUAUCGAGGAAUAUUUAAUUUUCUCUGGUCAUAGGAGUAACAACAUUAAUUGGUGCAUGAGGCAGAAAUAAUGCAGUGCAACUUGAAUUCAGCCAUCAGCUGGAAGACUGUGUCCCCUUUUCUCAGGGGAGGGAGGGACGGUGAGUCGGGUGAGAGGCAGACUCACCGCUGCUACCUCUCCCUCCCUCCCCUCAGACUGACCAUCAGAUGCAGGCCAUCAGUCCACUAAAACAACAGAAAAGCAAAUGUAUUAUGCUCACUCAGCUGUGCCUCAAAAGUAAUACAACAAAUUAUCUAUUACAAGUGUGAUCAUAUACCCUUUUAUAUCAUUUCAAAUGUCUGAGAACAACAAGAUUGGCAGGGCAAUUCAAGCAUAGCCAAUAUGCAGUGAUAAUGCCUACUGCACAAACCUCAUUGCUAGAGAACUAUUUUUAAUUGGUUAAGGUUGCAUAGGCUUAAUAAAAUGUUUAAGUCAUGUUUUAAAAAAUCUGCGCAGUAGAUCUUGGCUUGCAUUUUGACUCAAAGUGAUCUUGACUCAGAAAAGGUUGGUGACUACUGAUCUACGCUAAUUGAAGUAUAUUUAACAAGUGACAUCAAUGAGGGAUCAUGGCUUUCAUCUGGAUUCCCCUUGAUUCCUAUGUCAUGGAAAGUUUUCUAUACUGUGUGUGUGUUUGUGUGUGUGUUUGUGUGUGUGUGUAUACAAACGUAUGUGGACACCCCUUCAAAUUAGUGGAUUUGGCUAUUUCAGACACACCCGUUACUGACAGGUGUAUACAUUCGAUCACACAGCCUUGCAAUCUCCAUAGACAAACAUUGGCAGUAGAAUGGCCUUACUGAAGAGCUCAGUGACUUUCAACGUGGCACCGUCAUAGGAUGCCACCUUUCCAACAAGUCAGUUCGUCAAAUUUCUGCCCUGCUAGAGCUGCCCCGGUCAACUGUAAGUGCUGUGCUGUUAUUGUGAAGUGGAAACAUCUAGGAGCAACAAUGGCUCAGCCGCGAUGUGGUAGGCCACACAAGCUCAUAGAACGGGACCGGCGAAUGCUGAAUUGCGUAGCGCGUAAAAAUUGUCUGUCCUCGGUUACAACACUCGCUACCUAGUUCCAACCUGCCUCUGGAAGCAACGUCAGCACAAGAACUGUUCGUCGGGAGCUUAGUGAAAUGGGUUUCCGUGGCCGAGCAGCCUCAUAGAAGCCUAAAAUCACCAUGCGUAAUCCCAAGCGUCGGCUGAAGUGGUGUAAAGCUCGCCGCCAUUGGACUCUGGAGCAGUGGAAACACAUUCUCUGGAGUGAUGAAUCACGCUUCACCAUCUGGCAGUCCAACAGACAAAUCUGGGUUUGGCGGAUGCCAGGGGAACGCUACCUGCCCGAAUGCAUAGUGUCAACUGUAAAGUUUGGUGGAGGAGGAAUAAUGGUCUGGGGCUGUUUUUCAUGGUUCAGGCCAGGCCCCUUAGUUCCAGUGAAUGGAAAUAUUAACGCUACAGCAUACAAUGACAUUCUAGAUGAUUCUGUGCUUCCAAAUUUGUUUCAACAGUUUGGGGUAGGCCCUUUCCUGUUUCAGCAUGACAAUGCCCCAACAUCAGUGCCGACCUCACUAAUGCCCUUGUGGCUGAAUGGAAGCAAGUCACCGCAGCAAUGUUCCAACAUCUAGUGGAACGCCUUCCCAGAAGAGUGGAGGCUGUUAUAGCAGCAAACGGAGACCAAAUUCAUAUUAAUGCCCAUGAUUUUGGAAUGAGAUGUUCGACGAGCAGGUGUCCACAUACUUUUGGUCAUGUACUGUGUGUGUGUGUGUGUGCCCCUUCGGAAAGUAUUCAGACCCCUUGACUUUUUCCACAUUUUGUAACGUUACAGCCUUAUUCUAAAAUUGAUUAAAUAAAUAAAAAUCCUCAUUAAUCUACACUCAAUACCCCAUAAUGACAAAGCAAAAACAGUUUUUUUGAAAUUUUUGCAUAAUAAAUAGAAAUACCUUAUUUACAUAAGUAUUCAGACCCUUUGCUAUGAGACUCGAAAUUGAGCUCAGGUGCAUCCUGUUUCCGUUGAUCAUCCUUGAUGUUUCUACAACUUGAUUGGAGUCAACCUGUGGUAAAUUCAAUUGAUUGGACAUGAUUUAGAAAGGCACAUACCUGUCUAUAUAAGGUCCCACAGUUGACAGUGCAUGUCAGAGUAAAAACCAAGCCAUGAGGAUGAAGGAAUUGUCUGUAGAGCUCAGAGACAAGAUUGUGUCAAGGCACAGAUCUGGGGAAGGGUACCAAAACAUUUAUGUAGCAUUGAAGGUCCCUAAGAACACAGUGGCCUACAUAAUUCGUAAAUGGAAGAAGUUUGGAACCAACAAGGCUCUUCCAAGAGCUGGCCGCCCGGCCAAACUGAACAAUCGGGGGAGAAGGGCCUUGGUCAGGGAGGUGACCAAGAACACAAUGAUCACUCUGACAGAGCUCUAGAGUUUCUCUGUGGAGAUGGGAGAAACUAGCAGAAGGACAACCAUCUCUGCAGCACUCCACCAAUCAGGCCUUUAUGGUAAAGUGGCCAGACGGAAGCCACUCCUCAGUAAAAGGCACAUGACAGCCCGCUUGGAGUUUGCCAAAAGGCACCUGAAGACUCUUAGACCAUGGGGAAACAAGAUUCUCUGGUCUGAUGAAACCAAGAUUGAACUCUUUGGCCAGAAUGCCAAGCGUCACUUCUGGAGGAAACCUGGCACCAUCAUGCUGCCAUCACCAUGAGAGGAUCUGCAGAGAAGAAUGGGAGAAACUUCCCAAAUACAGGUGUGCCAAGCUUGUAGCGACAUACCCAAGAAGACUUGAUGCUGUAAUCGCUGCCAAAGAUGCUUCAACAUAGUACUGAGUAAAGGGUCUGAAUACUUAUGUAAAUGUCAUAUUUCCGUUUUUUAUUUGUAAUACAUUUGCUCAAAACAAAUUUACUUUUUGCUUUGUCCUUAUGGGGUAUUGUGUAUAGAUUGAUGAGGGGAAAAAAUAUUUAAUCAAUUUUAGAAUAAGGCUGUAACGUAACAAUAUGUGGAAAAAGUAAAGGGUUCUGAUUACUUUCCGAGGGCACUGUACAUACAGUAUAUAGCCUAUUGUAUAGCCUAGUUGUGUAGAUGUAUUGAAUUUUGUAUGUGCCAUUCAGCAUUUCACGAUGGUAAACCUAAUUUAGUUUUAAAUGUGUUCCAGUGGAACCAGACCCUCCAAUAGCUCUGAACUGGACCCUGCUGAAUGUGGGUCUAACCGGGAGCCACUUUGACAUCAUGGUGAGCUGGGAGCCGCCACACUCUGCAGACGUGUCCAUGGGCUGGAUGACGCUACAGUACGAGGUGCAGUACCGUGAGGUCAACUCAACAAGGUGGAGGAUGGUGAGUCUACACCCUACAACAGGGGAAAACUCCCAGCCCUGGACCUUAUGCAUAGGGCUGGGUCUGUAGUUUUUCCUGACUCCGUGAUUAGACCAGGAAUAACCACUGGACCCACCUAUAAUGACUAAUAGAGUCAUUGAAUUGAAUGCUGGUCACCUCAUAUUCUGUUUAUAUACUGUUGUUUACUCACUGUGUAUGUAUAUCCUGUAUUCUCCACAUACAGUGGGGAGAACAAGUAUUUGAUACACUGCCGAUUUUGCAGGUUUUCCUACUUACAAAGCAUGUAGAGGUCUGUCAUUUUUAUCAUAGGUACACUUCAACUGUGAGAGACGGAAUCUAAAAUAAAAAUCCAGAAAAUCACAUUGUAUGAUUUUUAAAUUAAAUUUAAAGGCAAUGCUACCAAAUACUAAUUGAGUGUAUGUAAACUUCUGACCCACUGGGAAUGUGAUGAAAGAAAUAAAAGCUGAAAUACAGUGGGGAAAAAAAGUAUUUAGUCAGCCACCAAUUGUGCAAGGUCUCCCACUUAAAAAGAUGAGAGAGGCCUGUAAUUUUCAUCAUAGGUACACGUCAACUAUGACAGACAAAUUGAGAAAAAAUAUUCCAGAAAAUCACAUUGUAGGAUUUUUAUGAAUUUAUUUGCAAAUUAUGGUGGAAAAUAAGUAUUUGGCCACCUACAAACAAGCAAGAUUUCUGGCUCUCACAGACCUGUAACUUCUUCUUUAAGAGGCUCCUCUGUCCUCCACUCGUUACCUGUAUUAAUGGCACCUGUUUGAACUUGUUAUCAGUAUAAAAGACACCUGUCCACAACCUCAAACAGUCACACUCCAAACUCCACUAUGGCCAAGACCAAAGAGCUGUCAAAGGACACCAGAAACAAAAUUGUAGACCUGCACCAGGCUGGGAAGACUGAAUCUGCAAUAGGGAAGCAGCUUGGUUUGAAGAAAUCAACUGUGGGAGCAAUUAUUAUGAAAUGGAAGACAUACAAGACCACUGAUAAUCUCCCUCGAUCUGGGGCUCCACGCAAGAUCUCACCCCGUGGGGUCAAAAUGAUCACAAGAACUGUGAGCAAAAAUCCCAGUACCACACGGGGGGACCUAGUGAAUGACCUGCAGAGAGCUGGGACCAAAGUAACAAAGCCUACCAUCAGUAACACACUACGCCGCCAGGGACUCAAAUCCUGCAGUGGCAGACGUGUCCCCCUGCUUAAGCCAGUACAUGUCCAGGCCCGUCUGAAGAUUGCUAGAGUGCAUUUGGAUGAUCCAGAAGAGGAUUGGGAGAAUGUCAUAUGAUCAGAUGAAACCAAAAUAGAACUUUUUGGUAAAAACUCAACUUGUCGUGUUUGGAGGACAAAGAAUGCUGAGUUGCAUCCAAACAACACCAUACCUACUGUGAAGCAUGGGGGUGGAAACAUCAUGCUUUGGGGCUGUUUUUCUGCAAAGGGACCAGGACGACUGAUCCCUGUAAAGGAAAUAAUGAAUGGGGCCAUGUAUCGUGAGAUUUUGAGUGAAAACCUCCUUCCAUCAGCAAGGGCAUUGAAGAUGAAACGUGGCUGGGUCUUUCAGCAUGACAAUGAUUCCAAACACACCGCCCGGGCAACGAAGGAGUGGCUUCGUAAGAAGCAUUUCAAGGUCCUGGAGUGGCCUAGCCAGUCUCCAGAUCUCAACCCCAUAGAAAAUCUUUGGAGGGAGUUGAAAGUCCAUGUUGCCCAGCGACAGCCCCAAAACAUCACUGCUCUAGAGGAGAUCUGCAUGGAGGAAUGGGCCAAAAUACCAGCAACAGUUUGUGAAAACCUUGUGAAGACUUACAGAAAACGUUUGACCUGUGUCAUUGCCAACAAAGGGUAUAUGACAAAGUAUUGAGUAACUUUUGUUAUUGACCAAAUACUUAUUUUCCACCAUAAUUUGCUAAUAAAUUCAUUAAAAAUCCUACAAUGUGAUUUUCUGGAAUUUUUUUCUCUCAUUUUGUCUGUCAUAGUUGACGUGUACCUAUGAUGAAAAUUACAGGCCUCUCUCAUCUUUUUAAGUGGGAGAACUUGCACAAUUGGUGGCUGACUAAAUACUUUUUUUCCCCACUGUAAAUCAUUCUCUCUACUAUUAUUCUGACAUUUCACAUUCUUAAAAUAAAGUGGUGAUCCUAACUGACCUAAGACAGGGAAUUUUUACUAGGAUUAAAUGUCAGGAAUUGUGAAAAACUGAGUUUAAAUGUAUUUAGCUAAGGUGUAUGUAAACUUCCGACUUCAACUGUACAUAUUAACAUUUGUGGCAAUGAAAAAUGUCCAUUGGGGUGGGGGCACGGGAAAUGUCGAUAGGGGGAGUAGCAGGAGAGGAGGGGGGAGCAGUUAGCUGACUAGUGGUGGCCAUUCAGUAUGAUACAUUUGCGAGACAUUCUACUGCACUGGAUAUAGUAAUACAAGCAUUUCACUGCACCUGCCAUAACACCUGCAAAUCUGUGUAUGCGACCAAUGAACUUUGAUUUGAUAACCCUUCCAUGAGGCCUCUAUUUGAAUCUUUCGGUCAAACUGUUGCAGAUCCCACUAUUGUGUCAUUUCAGAAUCUUUACAUAGGCAAUAAAGAUUAAGGGCUCUAUUCAAUCCGUAUCGAGGAAGUUCAGCGUUACAGAGUGCUUUAAAUUCCCGUGUUAGCGGAGACUGCAUUCACGGUAAACGGUGCAUAUUGUCAGCUCAAUCGUAAAUUACCUUUACAUUUCUAUCACGCAAUCUGUAACGCUUCAGUGAUACAGAUUGAAUAGUGCCCUAAAUGUAGUGUUCAGUGCUCAUAUAAACCUUCAUCUGGACAGACCUGCUGAGACUGCAGUCCAGGUAAUUUUGACAUGACCAAGUUUUACUGCAUUAUUUUAAGUACCCUGUAAUCAAAAGUCUUAUGCCUCCUUCUCCCACGUUGUAAUUUAGAACAAACAGCCUCUUUCCAACUCUGCCCUCUAAUUCUCCCUCUUACACAUCAUCUCCCUCCAUGCAAGGGAACAUGAGUCUAAUUUUGGGGGUAAUCUACCAAAGUGACAUACCAAGGCUGCUUUCAUUGAUUCAGGUCCUUAUAUGGAUUAAACCUGCAGGUGUAAAUUGUCUUGUCCUGUUGUGUUGGUGAUAUUCGUAAGUUGUGUCUCACCUGUUGUGUGGGUGAUAUUCACCAACUAACUGGUGUGAAACCUCUGUUUUGACUGCACCCCCAGGUGGACCUUGAGAAGGGGAUGCAGCGAUCGCUAUACGGGCUGCGCACCAACACAGAUCAUGAGGUCAGGGUGAGGUGCAAGACGCUGGCAUCCAGUAACUUUGGGGAAUUCAGCGACUCCAUAGUCAUACACAUCCCCACUAAAGGUACUGACAUGUAUAGUUUUUAUAUACUGUCAUAUAAAAUGUAACAUGUUAUAACAUGGAUGAUGUCUCUGUUUUGAAUCAUAUUAAUUGCCUUCUAUAUAUUUGUGCUCAGAGUCCAGAUUUCCAGUUACUGUCCUGCUCGUCUUUGCUGCCUUGGGUUUAGCAGUCAUCCUAAUGCUGGUCAUCUAUUCCCAGCAACAGAAGUAAGAGACUUACUUUUACCUUUUACUCUGUCUUAAAAUAAUAUGUUCAACCUCUUCAGCUAAAUAUAAAGUCUCAUGCAACAUGUUUGCCUGUUAAUAACUAUUCCUCUUUCUUUCUUCAAGGUUGAUGAUGAUUCUCCUGCCUCCAAUUCCUGGUCCCAAAAUCAAAGGAAUUGACCCAGAGCUCUUCAAGGUAUUAACUUGACACAAUUUAAAAAAGCGGGGAGACAAUAUGAAGUACCAGAAAGGUUGUAAUAAAUGUAUGUUGCCCCUUUAAACUAACUCUGAGGUAUUAUCUGUCGUUGACCAUAGAAAGGUAAGUUGGCUGAGCUGACCUCCAUCCUGGGCGGCCACCCUGACCUGAGGCCAGAGCUGUACUGUGAAGACCCCUGGGUGGAGUUCAUCGAGCUGGACAUGGAGGAGCCCAACGACAGGCUGACUGAGCUGGACACCCAGUGCUUGAUGGACUGCUCGCCCUCCUCAGACUGUCCCCCUCUCACCAUUGGCUUCGGAGAUGACGACUCGGGCCGGGCCAGCUGCUGUGACCCUGAUCUGCCUGAACCAGAGUCCUUCCCCUUCCACCACCCCCUCUCCAACACCAGCACCAGCCUGGAGUCCUUUGGCCUGGCCAGCACUGAGGCCAGCUCCCCAGUCCAGACCCCCACCACUGGGAAGACUCUCUGGGCUGUCCCUGGCAGGGAGGACGUCUACACCCAGGUGAGCGAGGUGAGACCCACUGGCGAAGUGCUGCUGAUGCCUGAGGAGCAGAGCAAGGUGAAGAAGGAUGCAGAGGAGAAGGCUGAGAAGGGAAAGGAGAAAGAGAAGCAGAGGAAGGAGUUUCAGCUGCUGGUGGUGAAUGGGGGAGGUUACACCUCAGAGUUAGACGCUGGGAAGAUGAGUGCCAGACUCCCCACUGGGAGAGGCAGCCAGCCUGCUCCAACAGAGGACAGUAGUCUUGCGCAGGGACAGCCCUUCCGGGAGUACCAGAGCCCGUACUUUGAGGCUGAAAUGCCCCCCAUUCCACCUGCCUCUCCUGUUUCCCCACUGCCCCCUGUCUCUGCCUACACAAUGGUGGAGGGAGUGGACAGGCAGAACAGCCUCCUUCUGAAGCCCAGCCCCCCACCUGCACCACAGCCAGUCCUAACCAAGCUGCCCCUGCCCACACCUACACCAGAGGGGUACCUGACCCCUGACCUACUGGGCAACAUUACACCAUAACUCAGAGGUGUAGAGACUAUGCUAUUGCACACAGAUCAGAGGUGGCAUGGGAAUUCAGUGCCUGAGUGACUAGAAAUCAAAGAAUAGAGUGCCAAAUGUCAUACCUCCAAAAAUGAGGGUGGUUCCCCUGCCUGCCCCACCUCUUCUCAUUCCUUCUCCCAACAUGACAGCUACAGACAUUUUGAGAUUUGGUAAGAAGGAUGGGGAGGUCAGGAGAGGGGUCUGUUCUUCAAGGUCUGAACUGAUGUGCCACACCUGUCUGCCAACACCUUAACUGAGCAAACAAAGGAAAUAGAAGGUCAAGAAGGGAUUAUGGUCUCUCACAGGAGCUGGCCGUAUGAAACUCUUAACAUAUUACUAAUAUUUUUGAAGAACAUUACCUACAAGUGACUUUAAAUGCCAGCACAAGGGACAGAUACUUAACUUACAGUGGUGUUGUUGAUAAUGUUGUUCACAAUAAUCCCAAUAAUUGUUUCUUACAACUGAAAAGUAUUUACAGAUCUGAAUAUUGUCAAAAGGGAAGCGUUUGGUGACCACCAUCUGUGUUCUGCUGAUUGACUGUGGCUUCUCAACCAGUCUAGAAGAGUAGGUAGUUGUGCUUACUGAAUGUUUGCUGCUGUUUUUGCAGAUAUACACAAAUGUGUUUUAUCAAAAACUAUAUAUUUUUUCUGCUUACUAUGAUGUACCGCUUACAAAAAGGGGACUAUCAAAUGAGUGUCAGAUUAUCCUUCUGGGGAACUGUAAAUGGUAAUGGUUCUUUAUUGUACAGCUAAAAUGUUAUAAAUAAACAUAUUUCACAUUUAAA